AACGUAAAGAACAGCUUCUGCACGCUGAAGAGGUCAGCCAAACCAAACCAAGAUGGCGGCGGUAGCUUCCGGAAACGAGGCCACCGGAAGAGAAAUCCCUGUCGUCUGCAACUCCACCGAGGACGCCAUUCAGAGCGCUCUCCACGACGACCCUGACCUUCAGCAGAUCGUCUCCCGUCUAGACAGUGACGUCAACAUUGACCCAGAUAGAGAUCUAAAUAUAGAAGUGAGCAGCGACACGUCUGACAGUCUCAACAAAGACUCGGACUCGGUCUCCACCUCGAGCAGUCUCAGAGAUACAGACGAUAACCUGGAUGACGACCACAGCCCGACGUCUGAGAGAAAAACAAAACAUAAGCAGCAAUCUCACUCGUCGGACAAAUCACCAGUCUCCAACGGCGACUCUAAAAAGUCGGACCGCAAACAGUCGGUGGAUAGUACCGGAAAGUCGAGUCUCAGUGUCAAGUCCAAAGCCGGUUCUAGUGAUGGUAGUCAAAAGUCUUCAUCGAAAAAUCCGCUGAAAAUGUUGAAAAAACUCACAAAGUUUGAUAAGCCGGAAAAACAACACGCGGACUACAAGUCAGAGUUCGCUGCUGUCGUCGUUGACCGUCUCCCUCAGGUUUUCGUGGUCAAGUAUCUAGGUCACCGGAGGGUCACGGGCGUGUGUGGGCUGCACCACGUGAGGAGACCCGUGGACGAAAUGGUCAAAGAGGUCAAGGACAAACUGGACCAGAAGUCAGACGUGGAGCUGCCCCUACUCUACGUGGUGGUCUCCCCAAAAGGUCUCGACCUCCGGGAACACAAACGGAACAAGGUGGAGAGCGCGGCACCACUCGGCCUCAUGCCCAUAGACUUCAUCUCUUACGGCGUCCAGGACAUCAAGUUCUGGCGCGUCUUCACCUGCAUCGUGGUGCGCGAGCUGUCAGCGCGCACGCGCGCCGCCACGUGCCACGCCUUCCUCUGUGACUCCGCCCACAAUGGGCGUAAGAUGGCGCUGGCGCUAGGAGCGGCUUUUAACCUGUACUCCAAGAAACUCAAGUCUGCGGGGAAGGUGCACAACUUUCAGAUCGAGUUACGGCCCCCUGAUGAGCUAGCGGACGCUGUGGACGCCGAGUGUGACGCUUGAUUAUGAUUAAUGUAGGGUGCGCACAAGCAGGUUUUGUGUGUGGGGGUGAGCUGGAGAUAGGACAGUGACGUGUUGACUUUAGGUGUGGAACACACACACAAGUUUUGUGUGUGGGGGGAGCUGGAGAUAGGACAAUGACGUGUUGGCUUUAGGCUGAAAAUAUACUGCCACGCACAACCGAAGCGCGCCGCGUAAAAAGUUGCGGCCUCCUCUGUAUUUCCUAUCGGAGAUUUCACUGACACGACUAGGCCUAGACGUGAGGAGUCGUGAGGACCCAAAAAGACGUGCGUGAGUGCGUGCAGCACUUCUUUUUCACGUGCGGACCGGCUCGCCCUGCUAUCGGAGUAUUCCGGGACGCCGUGGAGA